GUUUUAUGCCUUAGAUUGCACAGUGGCUAUAUAAUAAUGGAAUGGUCCGAUGACGCAUCGACACACUAGAAGGGAGGGUCAUCGAUUCCGAUUCAGCGUUUAUUCCGUAACUUGGCCUGUUUCUAACCAGUUUAAUCCGUUUUAGGAAAUCAAAAACAACAGAAUGCGCAGAGGUCAUCAUCAUGGUCACCAUGGGCAUCACGGGAGAGGUUUUGGACACCAUCAUGGUCACCACCACCACCAUCACGGUAUUGGUGCCCCGUUGGGAGCUCUAGCCGUUGGGGCUGUAGCAGGAGCUGCGAUUGCGAGCUCAAAACCUAAACCAAAGGAAACAGUUGUACACGUCGUACACACUCCACCUCAGCCGGCACCGCCUCCACCUCACAAUCCCGCAUAUCCGGCUGCACCUCCGGGCUACUAUCCCCCACAACAAGGAGGCUAUCCCCCACAACAAGGAGGCUAUCCACCACCACAAGGAGGCUAUCCACCACAAGGAUCAUAUCAGUACCCACCGCCACCAGGGUAUUACCCACCGCAACAACAGUAUCCUCCUCCAACAACCCAGUGAUGUGUUGUAGAGCUUCGCUCUUUAGUUUUCAGUGUCAAUGUAAUUAUAAGUCAGUACAAAAAUAUAUAGACCCUAUUAUGAAUCCAUAUACAGUCAUUAUUAUCACUGUUGUAUCAGUCAUUUGCAAAGUUAUUUUGUUUGAACAUUAUUAUAAUUAUUUUCUGUUACAUUACUUUUGUAGCUUAUUAUUAGAUUAGAACAAAAGUAUAUUUUGUAUAAAGGUAACUACCAUCAUAAUGUAAAUGCACGCCAUUGUUUAUAUUAGUAUUUGAUCUUAAUCGUAAUUACUGUACAUUGUUAAUUAGAAUAACACUAUGCAUGAUAGCUUUGUACUGGUACCGUGACCUAAGGCAGACUUAAACAUUUUAUUUACUCAUGAACAUGCAUAAUUAAAAUACGUACACGUAAAUUGUCUGCGAAGUGAGGUUUAUCUAGUGGGAACGACUAAGUGUUACCGUUGUUAUACUUUCCCAUUGGAUCUGGUAAAUUCGAUUUCACUAAGAUUGCUAGUCAAGAAUGACUUUUUUACUGUUUCAAAGAUGUAUUUAAAAAUUUUUAAACUUUGAUAUUUUAUUUAUUUAUCUAUUUUUCUUUCAUCGAUAUGUCUACUUUGGAUAUUCUUUUUUAUGUCCUAAAUGUUUUUUUUUUAUAUUCUUGAAUGUGUACAUUUUAGCAAAUAUAUUGUAAUAUCUAAUCUACCAUAAAGAUUGCAAUAAAAGGAUAAUUUUAAUUAAAUAAUAACAUUUUAGAACAAAGAAUUUUAUCAUAUAAUAUAUCAUUUAUGGAUAUAAUACGAUAUAUUUUUGUAUAUAAGUAGGGUCUAUACAUUUUUAUCAAUCUUAUAUUUUAGUAGUAUUUUAUAGUAAUGCAUGGUGUACAAAUCAUCAAUAAUGUUUAUCCAACAAUAAAUAUAAUCAAAAUUAUUUUAUUUUUAGACUGUAGUAGUGUGCAUCUUUGUAUGAUUUUCGAGUAAAUAAAGUUGUACGAAUGUAAUUCUGCGUUUUAUAUGCUUAUUAGGCCUAUAUAAUCAAACAAUAUGUUUUUAAAUAAUAGGCUCAUGUGAUUCUGAUUUUUUUUUCAUUGCGACGCAGCUGGCCUAUCGCAACGUCACCUAUUCGAAUAUAACUGAGGUUGUCGAAAUUUCACUGUGACCAUCAGGAAAUUUAAGCUCUAACAAAUACAAUUGGUACCAGCCAGUGGUACCAGUACAUUAUUGUAAAACCUAUAAACACCAGUAAGAUAUCAAAGCGUAACAUUCCAUUGUCAUAAAAGGGUUAGAUCAUUCAUAAGCUAGGCAUUUAUUGUAAUUUAUUCAUGAAAUAAUUCGUACAAAAAUAUUAACUAAAACUUGGACAAAAAUGAAUCACUUUUUACGUUCCAAAAUUUAAGCCUGAUUUUAUGCUAAUCUUCUGAAAAUAAUCAUUUGAGAGAAUCCUGGAUUAAAAUAAGUAAAUAAUUAAUCGAAGAGUCUGACUAAUGAAACAUGUGAUAUUGAAUAAUAUACUGUAAAAUUUAAUGAGAAUCAACAAAAUAGGAUUUCUCCCCUAAUUGACAAUUAUUUGUUAAAAUUGGAGUGACUACGGUACGACAUUAAAGAUGCCCAGAAGAAGAGUUGUUGUUGUCGGACCUCCAAGAAGACGCGGUCCCCCUAUUGGAGCGCUUGCCGUUGGAGCUGUAGCCGGUGCAGCAAUUGCUUCAUCCGGGUCUAACAAUCAACGAUCACAUGGUACUACUGAGACAGUCGUCAAUGUACAUGUGGACGGUUUACCUCAGAAUGCUCACAUGCAGCCAGGUCAACAGCCCGGACACUAUCCACCUCAGCCAAUGACGUACGCACCGCCGCAACCGAAUUACCACCAGAACUACUAUCCACCGCCAAACAACCAACCACCACCACCUGUUGCCUAUCCUCCGUCUGGCGCUGCAUAUCCACCUACACAGCCACCUUCUGGAGUGCCACCAACUAAUAGUUAUCAGGGUUAUCCUCCACCACCUUAUGGCUGGAAUUAAUGGAGCAAUUCGUUGGAAACUGCAAUACCAGAUUAAUACAAUCUUGUAAACAUGCUUACUAUUAAUUGGUAGACAUUACGUUAUUCAAUACUUCUACUAAACUUAUUUAUUAGAUUCAGCGUAACUUGACAUCAUUGGAACGGUUACAAAAUGUUAAUAUUUGUAUCUGCUGUUUCUUGGAUUCAAAGCGCACAGGUGUUCGAUGCUGAGAUUGUCUUUAAAAAAAAUUAAUGACAUUCAAUUUGUCUUCAUUGUUUUAUUUACUCACCUAUUAUAUUUAUAUGUUUUAAUCGAAUAACAUACAUAAAUUUAUAUAUAAUUCUAUUUAUUAAUUUUAUAGAUGUAAGCAGAUGUUGAAAUAGUUUUGCCUAUUUUUGAAUAAACGAUAUGCCAGCGUUAUCAAUUAUAGUUGUUUAACGUUGUUAUUGUGAAACGAACUAGGCCUACAUAAAAGAAACCAAUAAUAACAUGCGUCUGCAUUAUGUUGGAGUUGAUUAAAAAAUUCAAAACGCCUUUCAAAUUUUGAAUAGCUUGAAAGGGUUAAAACUAAAUUAAAAUAAGAAACAAAUAAAAAAUAUUUUUUUUAAAUUAAUUUACAGAAAUUUUACUGCAAAAAACCUUAAAAUAAUUAUCAGCCAAUAUCUGUAUAUAGCCUUUUCAAAGUUUUAAAUUAUUAAUUUUUUGAAUUUCUGAUUUUUUCCCUUUUUUUUUUUUACAAAUGAUAUAUAGUUUAUCUUUAUUUUUGAUAACUGUGAUAUUUUUAAUAUGUACUGGGGAAACCACUCGAUAGUUGAUUUAGUUCGCUUUUUGUUUUUUCUCUCUGUUGUUGUUUCUCAUUGCGUCUGUUUUUUCCUGUAUUUUUCGAGAAAAAUAAAUGAUACGAAAAAGGAAAGUGUUAUUUAACACUGACCGUUGUUUCUCAUUUACAUUUUGAAUUGUAAGUUAAUGAUUUGCUUACAAUAAAUAUACAAAAUCAACAAAAUAUGAAAUUGAAUUUUUCAUUUGUUUUAUCUCUCAUGACAGACAGUAAUUUAGGAUAGGUCAUGAUUGCUUUCAAUGAAUUGUUCUAUUUCUGCGGCCUUUUAGAAGCUUCUUUCAAACUCAUUUUGUAAGAGUACCGGUAUCGUUAAUUAAAUUAAUACAGGUUUCAUUCCAAUUAAGGACCCAUCCAAGGCUCCAAUUAAAGACCACCUCCUAUUAAAUACAUUUUUUUCUGCGGCCACGGUUGAAUGCCUAUAUUUUAUCAUUAGCUGUUCCCUCCAAUUAAAGACUAUAUCUAAUUUUAGAGACAAAAGACCAUGGUUUUGAAGGGCCCAACUCGAAAUUUUCCCUCCAAUCAAAGACCAGUAUAAAAUACAUAGUGAUGUUAAAGCAUUUUUCCUAUAUUAAAUUAUGCUAUGACCUUCACAUAGAAAUAUUAGCCAAUACACAUUACAAGAUAAUAGGUCUAUGGUGUUUUUGUACAGUGUGUAGUGUGGCCCGAAUAUUGAAUAACAACGAUAAUGUUAGUGGCGAUUUUACAGUAACACUUUAUAAUGGAAAAUUGAUGUAUGGACCAUAUGUUCUAUUAGGAAUAAAAAUAACAGCAUGCAGUACCGGUAACUGUACAUAUAUAUAAAGUUAUAAGAAUGAUAUUUAUACGCAACUCAUUUAUCCGUUGAUUUUACCGUUCUUUAUGUAAAUUAACGUUUUGUUUCUAGGUGUCAAGUUUAAUUAACUUAAUGUGCUUCUUUGUUUUAGUUUGUUUGUCUGUAGGUAGACUUCUGAGCUUUAUGUUCUCUUGUUUUUUUUUUGUAUUGUUGAUUAUAAGGAUGCACUGUUCACUGUAAACGUGUGCCACCGAUCUGAAAGUGUACAUCCAUAAAAAAUAAGUAAACAAAAUAUAUUUUAAA